CUGCGGGCGCAUGGGCGUACCUGGCUGAGCAAUUCGAUCGCGAUACCGGAAACCUCACUAUAUACCAGUUUCGGUCCCUCACCUCCCUGAGAUAUCGCGACGGCGAGGACCUCAAGCUACACACUAAUACUUUCCAUCAGCUCUGGGUAAAGCUCCAGAAGAAAUGCUCAUCGUCAAAUUAGGCUGUCGCCAAAUCCAUGAAGCCUAUAUUCGAAUCCGACGACGUCAAGGGCUCUUUCUUCCUCUCGACGCUCCCCGAUACUCUGGACCACGUUAUCGAUAACUUCUCCACACGGGAUAUCACCAGGUUUUCCGCCAUGGAGCCCAAAAUACUCGAUAUCGCCGAUAAAUACACCCUCGAUACCGACACCUAUACAGCUUACUCAGCUCAAGCACCUUUCCGCCGCCCGCGUGGCUCCCCAGCUCCCCGCGGCGGCUCCCAAAGCUCCACCCAACGCACGCCAAACCCAAUUUGGUGUACUUGGUGUAAGAAACACAACUUCGACUAUACAGGACACGUCUUCCGCGAUUGCCACCUACUUCACGCCCAUAAACAGGGUCUACAGGGCGGCCAGGAGGAGGACAAGGAUACGAACAAGGGCAAGGAGAAACUCACAGACGACGUUCAACACGCAGUCAUGAACUUCGCUAUUACAGGCGACUCAUCCGACUCCGAUGGUGCCGUAGAGGUAACCGCCUUCUGAGAAAAGCUCACCUCCAAAUCCUAGCUCUGUAUAGAGCCCUGUAUAUAAGUCAAAAGCUUCACGAUUGGGAGGACUGUUGGAGAUCAAUCGCCAAGCUUCCUAAUUGGGCACUAGCGCCACUGGCGCCACAGAUUUUCUCAACUUCUCGAGCUCGAUAUACACUUAAUACAAUACACUCACCACCCACAUGAUGUAUUCCU